GAGACUCCAAACCACCUCUUGACAAUGGGCAACUGGGUGGUUAACUACUGGUUCUCAGUUUUGUUUCUGGCUACUUGGUUGGGGCUGAAUGUUUUCCUGUUCAUGCAUGCCUUCCUGUCAUAUGAAAAAGCCGAUAAGUAUUUUUAUACAAGAGAAAUCCUGGGGUCGGCGUUGGCCUGGGCCCGAGCCUCUGCUCGCUGCCUGAAUUUUAACAGCAUGCUGAUCCUGCUUCCUGUGUGUCGAAAUCUGCUGUCCUUCCUGAGGGGCACCUGCUCAUUUUGCAGGCAUGCUCUGAGAAAGCAACUGGAUCACAAUCUCACCUUCCACAAACUGGUAGCAUAUAUGAUCUGCCUACACACAGCUAUUCAUAUCAUUGCACACCUGUUCAACUUUGAACACUACAGCAGAAGCCGAUGGGCCACAGAUGGAUCCCUUGCUUCCAUUCUCUCCACCCUAUCUCAACAAGAGAGAGAUGAAGAUUCUUGGAUAAAUCCUAUCCAGUCCCCAAACAUGACAGUGGAGUAUGUGACAUUUACCAGCAUCGCUGGUGUCAGUGGAGUGAUCAUCACAAUAGCUCUGGUUCUCAUGGUGACUUCAGCUAUGCAGUUUAUCCGGAGGAGUUAUUUUGAGGUCUUCUGGUAUACUCACCAUAUUUUUAUCAUCUACUUCAUUGGUUUAGGGAUUCACGGCAUUGGUGGAAUUGUCCGAGGUCAAACAGAAGAGAGCCUGAAUGAGAGUCAUCCACACAAGUGUGCAGAAUUUUUAGAGCAGUGGGAUGAUCAUGACUCCCACUGCAAGCAUCCCCGAUUUGAAGGGCUCCCUGCUGAGUCUUGGAAGUGGAUACUUGCACCAGGCAUUCUUUAUAUCUUUGAAAGGAUUCUCCGAUUUUAUCGUUCAAAGCAGAAGGUUGUGAUUACCAAGGUUGUCAUGCACCCAUCCAAAGUUUUAGAAUUGCAGAUGAGCAAGCAUGGCUUCAUCAUGGAAGUGGGACAGUAUAUUUUUGUUAAUUGUCCUUCAAUCUCUUACUUGGAAUGGCAUCCCUUUACUCUGACCUCUGCUCCAGAGGAAGACUUCUUCUCCAUUCAUAUCAGGGCAGUGGGAGACUGGACAGAAAAUCUCAUAAGGGCUUUUGAGCAACAGCAUUCACCAAUUCCCAGGAUUGAGGUGGAUGGUCCUUUUGGCACUGUCAGUGAAGAUGUUUUCCAGUAUGAAGUGGCUGUAUUGGUUGGAGCAGGAAUUGGGGUCACCCCCUUUGCUUCCAUCUUAAAAUCUAUCUGGUACAAGUUUCGGCACGCAGAUCACAACCUUAAAACACAAACGAUCUAUUUCUUCUGGAUCUGCAGGGAGACAGGUGCCUUUGCCUGGUUCAGUGACCUAUUGGCUUCUCUGGAACAUGAGAUGGAAGAAUUAGGCAAAGUGGAUUUUCUAAACUACCGUCUCUUUCUCACUGGAUGGGACACCAACAUUGCUGGUCAUGCCGCAUUAAACUUUGACAAGGCCACUGACAUCCUGACAGGUCUGAAACAGAAAACCUCAUUUGGGAGACCCAUGUGGGACAAUGAGUUUUCUACAAUAGCUAAUGCCCACCCCAAGUCCGUGGUGGGAGUCUUUUUAUGUGGUCCUCAGACUUUGGCAAAGAGCCUGAGCAAAUGCUGUCACCAAUACUCCAGUCUAGAUCCUAGGAAGGUUCAAUUCUACUUCAACAAAGAAGAUUUCUGA